UAUGCCUGUUCAAGGGGAGUGGCACUACAUAUAGCUGAGCGUAGAGUAAAGUAGUAUUGUACUAUCGCGUGCUGCUAUCUUCCAUGGAUGAGCAUGCCCGCCCCACCUCCUCCACCAGCAACCCUCCCUCCCCAGCAUCUUUCUUCUCCGCUGCCGGCAACGGCGGCCUGGUGCUCGAGUUCCCCUACACCGAGGUGCUGGAGCAAUGGCUGAUGGACGACGACGACGACAACGCACAGGACCAGCCGCCCCUAGAGCAUGGAGCCGUGUCGGGCGACGGGGGCGGAAGCUCCGCUGACUUGUCCAGCAUGAAUAAUAAUAACCCGCCGGCAGCUGCGGCGACGAAGCGGCGGGGGCGGAAGCCUGGGCCCAGCUCCGGGGCCGGCCCUGCCUUCAGCCACGUGGAGGCCGAGCGGCACCGCCGGGACAAGCUCCACCGCCGGUUUUGCGACCUCCGCGCCGCCGUGCCCAACGUGACCCGGAUGGACAAGGCGUCCCUCCUCGCCGACGCCACGGCCUACAUCUCCGAGCUGCGCGCCCGCGUGGAGCAGCUCGAGGUCGAGGCCACGCGGGCCGCCUUGCGGAAGGCGAGCCCGUUCCUCGUGGUGGACGACGACGGCGCCGCCCCGGCGGCCGGCUCGUUCGGGCUCGAGGAGGAUGAGAAGCUGGAGGUGCGGAUGGUGGUCGGGCAGGAGUCGGCGGCGCUGCGCCUGACGACCGCGGCGCGUCACCGCCACGCCACCGCGCGCCUCAUGGACGCGCUCCGCUCGCUGGACCUGCCCGUGCAGCACGCCUGCGCGUGCCGCGUCGGCGGGGUGGUCGUGCAGGACGCCGUCGUCGACGUGCCCACCGCGCUGCGGGACGAGGGCCGCCUCCGGGCGGCGCUGCUCCACAGGCUGCAGCACAGCGGCUAGCUGUAGCUGGCUUGUCGCCGGCAGCCUUGCAUUGGCCGGCCGGCUUGGAAUCACUGCCAUCUGGCCUGUAACGUGCAUAUCUCUUCUCACCAGUCACCAUUGUUGAUCGAUGUUGCGUCGUCCGUGGUCACACUUUGCACGCAUUGUAAUGCGCGCAUGGUGGUUAUCUUUUAGGUGGUAAUAAUAUAAUGCUUCCGCGCGUAAAUAAUUUCAAUGGUUCAGUGAGUGUUUGGAGUAGAUGUAGAGGUGCAUGUGCGUUUCUGCGAAAUUUUGAGAUCAGUUCAAAUUUGAACAUAAUCUCAAUACUUUCCCACACCAUGCUACAUUAUCAUUAAUCCAAAUAACAGGCCUUUAAUUUAAGCAUUCUA